GAUGAGUCGAUGGACUUGACUUUAUUUUUCCUUUCAGGUAUAGGUUAUGCUGUCGUUCUGAUUGCUUUCUACGUGGACUUCUACUACAAUGUGAUCAUCGCUUGGGCAUUGCGUUUCUUUUUCGCUUCCUUUACCAGCAUGUUGCCUUGGACUACAUGUGAUAAUGAAUGGAAUACUGCGAACUGCAGGGCUUUUGAUGUCCCAACAAGGAACUAUUCAUCAUUGAACAGAUCCGAGCUGAUGUUUCCGGGACCAGAAUCAAGAUUUGCUUCAGCUGCUUCAGAAUAUUUCAACCGGGCGAUACUGGAAUUGCACAGAAGUCAAGGUCUGCACGAUUUGGGAGCCAUCAAGUGGGAUAUCGCUAUUUGCCUUCUAACUGUGUACAUCAUCUGUUACUUCUCCUUGUGGAAGGGAAUAUCAACAUCAGGAAAGGUGGUAUGGUUCACAGCCCUUUUUCCUUACGCUGUACUGCUCAUCCUCUUUGUGAGGGGCAUUACGCUACCUGGGUCUGCGCAAGGCAUCAAGUACUACUUGAAACCGGAUUUUAGUGCCAUAGGAUCAGCUGAGGUAUGGGUAGAUGCAGCAACCCAAGUCUUCUUUUCAUUGGGGCCAGGAUUCGGAGUUCUCCUAGCAUACGCUUCUUACAACAAGUAUCACAACAAUGUAUACAAGGACGCCUUGUUGACAAGCUUUAUCAACUCCCUCACCAGCUUUGUGGCGGGAUUCGUUAUCUUCUCAGUGCUAGGCUACAUGGCCCACACAGCUGGAAUGCCAAUCGAAAAAGUGGCAACUGAGGGACCAGGUUUGGUGUUCAUCGUAUAUCCAGCGGCCAUCGCUACUAUGCCGGGAAGUAUAUUCUGGGCUCUCAUAUUCUUCAUGAUGCUUCUCACGCUUGGCUUGGAUAGCUCGGUAAUUCAGUUUGGCGGUUCUGAAGCCAUAAUAACAGCUUUGAGCGACGAAUUUCCGAAGAUCGGCAGGAACAGAGAAAUCUUCGUGGCGUGCCUGUUCACCCUCUACUUCCUCGUCGGACUUGCGUCUUGUACGCAGGGAGGCUUCUAUUUUUUUCACCUCCUGGAUAGAUACGCCGCUGGAUAUUCUAUGCUCUUCGCUGUUUUCUUCGAAUCCAUCACAGUCUCUUGGAUUUAUGGUACCCAACGGUUCUGCGACGACAUCCGUGACAUGAUCGGCUUUGCUCCGGGGUACUACUGGCGUUUCUGUUGGAAGUUCGCGGCCCCCGCUUUCCUUCUCUUCAUCAUCGUAUAUGGCCUUUUGGGCUAUGAGCCUCUUACCUACGAGAAGUACGUGUAUCCCAGUUGGGCCAACGCGCUAGGAUGGGCCAUCACUGGGUCAUCCGUCAUAAUGAUACCGGGGGUUGCCUUGUAUAUGUUUCUUACUACCAGGGGGUCAUGCUUGAAGAAUUUAGUGAAUCCAUGAGAAUCAACUAUUUAGGUAAAGCUUAAAACGCGAUGUUUUUGCAGCGUUUGAAAAUCCUGACCACCCCUUACCGCGACUCACACAUGUCCGGAGUUCCAACGGACACCCAGCAACAAUCCAACGGGCAGAUCGUCCAGUCAGAGAGCCUUCAAGUCAGACUGGCCACCACGCCAGAUGACGCUAGAGACACUAGGCCGGUUGACGUCUGAGACGGGUGCAGGACUAAGUUUAAGGAGUAUUAUGUGUAAGCUUUUAUAUGAAAAUCUUCGAAAGGUCGAUGGAUCUAAUUAUGCUUAUUAUUAGACAAAGUUUGAUCCAAAAGAAGGCUCACAGGAAGUUCCAGCCACACUGGAAAGUGCGAGAUGAAAUCCGGCAACACCGCGGUGCGCGGCUGUUUCAGCACUCUUGAUUUCCCCGGACGCGCUACGCUACUAGAGAUGGGCGGUUAUCCAUAAAAAAACGUGUUAACCAAUAAUUUUAACCGUCACCGGUAAACCGCAGCAAAUUUAACCGUUUAUAUAAAUAACAUUUAUUUUUGUGCAUCAACAAUUUAAAGUAUCAUUGGCCAUGUCUACACCGUGCCUAGAUAGCGCAUAGCGCACGGUCUAGGCGUGCAGAGAGCGGCACUUAUGUACAGACUUUUACGACUAUCCAAGUUAUUGAACGAUAAAUGUAAAUGCGGGAACUGUGAAGUUGACAUCUGUCAAACGUCAAGUCUUGUCAAAAGCCCUCUCUUAAAAAGACGUUUUGUGAUCAGAGAACAUCCAUUAGAACUGUUCCAAAGCGGUUACGGCGCAUAUAAGGCAGAGCGUUGGUGAAGAGGUCAAGGACAACAAAAAUAACACAGCCGUGAUAUUCACUACGCCAAUAUUUACUGAGAUUUGUAUAGAUAGAAAAAGAAAAACCUUCUUUCCGGUUAUUGUAUUUAUUAACCGAUAACCGGGUACAUUAUGAAAUUAUCGGUAAAAACCAGAUAAUUAAUUUAGAAAGAUCAUUUAUUCAAUUGACCUAUUAUUUUUUCCCAUCCCUAUUCGCUAUGUCGCUUCGGUCCGAUAUGGAGUUUAGACGGAAAUCAACGAUGAAGAACGGAAGACGAUCACCUUCUGUGAACUUGUUGGUC